UAUGUCAAUAGUACUGUGUGACAAAAGGCUUAUUAGCGUGCAAGUAGUGGUACUGGAUGUCAUAUGGAGGAGCAUCAUCAUCAUCAUCAUCAUCAUCAGCUAUCAACGUGAACUGCAGAUAACCCCACGACGUGCACGCGCACGGACCCACAGUACCGUCAACCUAUACAGUACAGUACACUGUACAAAAAUGUCGCCGGGGCUGGGUGCGCGCGCACGCGUGUGUAUACGUGCGUGCGCGCACUCGGGAGCGCGCCGGGUAAGGGGGCUCCGGGGUUAGCGUCUCGGUGUUGGCGUUGAGUGCCGAUGAAGGAUGAGCUUCUCGAGCGUCCAUCCCGCCGAUGCUCGCUCGUCUCGUGGCCAACUCUCGCGCACCCUCUGGUGCUCGCUCGCCGCCUGCCGAACUUCUCCUUCUCCUCCUUUGUGUGGCCCGCUCGUCACAUUCUCAUUGUUGUUGUGGAGGUGGUGCUGGUGGUGGUGGUGGUGCUCGUCUUCCUGCUCUUCCUUCCUCCUCCCCGCGUGUGAUAGCGAGCCGCUCGGCGGAGGAGCUCAGGUCAUCUGCAGCUGCGGCGGCGGCGAAGAAGAAGAAGAAGAAGAAGAAGGAGAAGAAGAAGAAGGAGAAGCAGGAGGAAAGAUGGCGAUCACACACUAACCGGAGCGGGCGCACGCAUGAGACCAACAACUUUGGAGGAGAAGGAGAAGAUUGUAGUGAUUUCCCUUCUUGUCCAGGGAGUGCUCCCCCUGUUUAGUGAUGGAGGUACUACAAUGUGAUGGCUGUGACUUCCGUGCUGAUUCGUACGAAGAGUUGAAGAACCACAUUCAGGAGGUGCACACAGUCUUUCUUCAGCCCGCUGAUGCAGAAGAGUCUGACUCGCUGAAAGAGGAAGAGGAGGAGGAGGAAGAUGAGGAAGAAGAUGACGACAAUGACCAGCAAGAGGAGGAAGCAGGAAUGCAGAACACUGGGGCCAAGAAUGACAAGAGUUACACACCUAAAGUUGAAAUGAGUCCCAAUUCUGCCGACAUCUCCAGCAAGGCAUCAGCGGAGCAAAGAGCGGAGACCCAUCUGCUGUUCUAUCAGUGCAAGUUCUGUGUCCGUUAUUUCAGAUCCAAAUCGUUCCUAAGGAAUCACACUAAGAAGGUGCACAAUGUUGUCAAGGAGGACGUGGUAGCACAGAUCUCCUCACAGACAGACAAUUCCAAGGUGUAUUCCUGCCAGUACUGUACAUACAAGUCUCCGCGCAAAGCAAGGAUGAUGAAACACCACAUUAUGUAUCAUAGCAAUGUUUCCCAGAGGGGGCCUGGGGUUGCCCUAGAGAGCGCCGAACCUGAUGAGAACUCCACCUCAUCUGGUUGCCUCAUGACAGGGACGUUUGCCUGUGAAUGGUGUAACUAUCAGACUGACCAGAAGGCCCGCUGGACCAAUCACGUGGUCAAGGAACAUAGCGACAAGGUCAAGAUAGUAUCCAGCAUUCCCAAGCCAAAAGAGGAUGGAUGUCCAAGCUCACCUAAGCCAGAUUCCCUGUCCCAAAGCCCCACUAUAGUAAUGACAGCUUUGACAGAAGGAUAUGAGGAGUCAACAGGAGAAAUGCUUGAAAAUGCAUCGACACAGCUAGCCCACGUCACGCCAGUCAGCGCAGGAUGCGCAGUUUCACCGAAGAGGCCAAACACUGGCAGUGAGAUUAAGCCAAAUUUACUGAAUGAAGAGGAUUCCCGGAGCAGCUUUGAGGCUGAAGAUGAAGAACUAGGUGAUAUAGAUGAUCCCAACUACACCGGAACUCUUUCGGCAGACGCAAAGCAGCUCUUAACAGAUGAGGACAAUAAGCUGCUGGAGACAAAAGGAAUACCAUUCAGGAAGUACCAGAACCGUUUCCAGUGUCCCUUUUGCUCCUUUCUCACCAUGCACAGGCGCAGCAUCUCCCGUCACAUUGAAAACAUUCACCUCUCUGGUAAAACCACAGUGUAUAAAUGUGAUGAAUGUUCAUUUAUCUGCACCAGCCCUCUUAAAUUAGGCACCCAUAAGCAGAGCCACAGUUCCUCUGACGUGGAGACUAUGGACCUGACAAGUGAUAGUCCAGAACCUCUCAAUGAUGACACUGUAGAGCCUGUCAAUGGGGGUAAUGUAAGUAUGUCAAAGAUGAAUGGAAAAAAGUCAAUCAGUGUGUUGAAUGACCAGCAGAACCCACACCGCUGCAUGCUCUGUAACUACUCCACUACCACUCUGAAAGGACUGAGGGUUCACCAACAGCACAAGCACUCCUACUGUGAUGACAUGGAUUCCAACGUGUUUGAAAGUCAGUCAGCGGACCAGAUGGACACUGAUGUAGCAGCCUCUCCAACCUGUCUACAAAAAACCCAAACCUCCAUUUUAGGGCUCUCUAACAAAAAAACCUUAGUCGGUGGUAAACGAGCAAGGAAAUCCAUCAAUGACUUGCCUUUGGAUUUGUCCUCGGUCAAAAAGAGAACGAGAAUUGAUGAAAUUGCGAGCAACCUACAAAGCAAAAUAAGCCAAAGUCAGCAGGACCUGGUCAUAAAUCUGGAAGACAUAGAUGAUGAUGACAUGACUGACCAUCACAGCAACAUGGGCAGAGACCAUGAUGGCAAAAAUGCCAUCUUUGCAUACAACAUACUACAGCCUCACACAAGGGAUUCAUUUCACAAGGGAGGAAGGAUAGGGAAAAGAAAAAGCAACCCCAAAUCAAAAUCUAGGAGCCUUCCUCUAUCGCUCACUCUUUCGGAUGAUAGUGAAAACAUUUCAAGUGAUCUGACUGAUAGUCGAGAGGCUACCCAAGAGAACAGCGACUAUGCCGGGGAUCCUGGAAUGGCGCGUUUCUAUUGUAAACACUGUGAUUACCAUAACAAGUCUGCUCGUAGCGUUAGCACCCAUUACCAAAGGAUGCAUCCUUACAUCAAAUUCAGCUUUAAGUACAUCCUGGACCCUGAGGACCAGAGUGCCGUCUUCCGCUGCUUGGAGUGCUACAUUGAAUAUACUAACUACAAUGACCUACACCAACACUACAUGGAUCACCACCCGGAAGCGAGCAACGUGCUGAACUUUAACCAACCUAAUUUGGUGUACAUGUGUCGGUUCUGUUCGUACACGAGCCCCAAUGUGCGAAGCCUAAUGCCCCACUACCAAAGAAUGCAUCCUACAGUGAAGAUAAACAAUGCCAUGAUCUUCUCCAGCUAUGUUGUGGAGCAGUCACACAAGUCGGGUGAAUCGCAAACUUUGAGGGAGAUAUUAAACUCUGCCCCAAAAACAUUUAAUCCAGCCACGUCUACUCCAAGAUCCUCUUCAAGCCCACUGCUUAAAACAGUGUCCAAGACCCCUGAAUCUGGGACAGAUGUGGAUCCCCUCAAGGAAGCCAUGGCUGGCAAUGUCGUUGUAUAUGAUUGUGACGUGUGUUCUUUUUCCAGCCCCAACAUGCACUCUGUUUUGGUACAUUAUCAAAAGAAACACCCCGAGCAAAAGGCAUCUUAUUUCCGUAUACAGAAAUCAAUGAAGGUUGUCUCCAUCGAUCAGCCUAUUGCGAAUGCCUCGUUUAAGUCAAACAUGCCAACUACCCCGAAAAAAUCAAGUGCGGCACUGUACGGAUCAGAUGAGGAUAUGUUCUACUGUAAACACUGUGUAUACAGCAAUAAAUCCGUAGUUGGUGUGUUGGUACAUUAUCAAAAGAGGCACCCUGAAGUGAAAGUGACAGCCAAAUAUAUCAAACAUGGAGCCCCCACCCCAGGAUUGCUGAAACUAAUAGACGAUUUACAAAUUGCAGCACCCAAGCAGUUUCUGACACAGUUCACAAAUGAUGGUCAUGACGGAUCCAACAACUCAAGCCCUAAACCAGGUAGUGGAGACAAGUGUGAGGAUGAGCUGUUCUUCUGUCAGCAUUGCGAUUAUGGCAACCGAACAGUCAAAGGUGUGCUCAUUCAUUACCAGAAGAAGCACAGAGAAACUAAAGCUAAUGCCGACUUAGUGCGUCGCCACACCGCCAUCGUGCGUAGUCAGCGUGAACGUGCACAGUCAGUUAGCGUCCCCUCCACUGCCGUUCUGGCUCCUCAAGACUCGGAAAACACAACACCUCUACGCUCCCUAAAGUGCAGACACUGUUCCUACACAUCCCCUUAUGUCUAUGCCCUCAAGAAGCAUCUCAAGAAGGAUCACCCAAAUGUGAAGGCCACAGCCUUGACCAUUUUACACUGGGCUUACCAAGAUAGCAUUCUAGAGGCAGGCUAUCACUGCGAGUGGUGCAUUUACUCUCAUGCUGAACCUCAAGGACUUCUUCUCCAUUACCAAAGACGCCACCCGGAGCAUAAUGUGGACUAUGCCUACAUGGCCAGCAAGCUGUGGGCCGGGCCAGACGCUACUGAAAAAGGGGGGAACCUAGAAACAAAACAUUACAAAUGUAGGGACUGUGCUUUUGAAGCAUGCACAGUAUAUGACAUGACCAGUCACUAUCAGGCAGUGCACCCCUGGGCGAUUCAAGGGGAUGAAUCUGUUAUUUUGGAUAUUAUUAAAGCAAAACCAGGUGAGAUCCCCAAAGAAAAUGCGUCUUUCAAUUCCAAGUCCGCCGAAGAGGAUGGUGCUCUUUAUAUUGCCACCCCACCUCGGGAGAGCAACCCACAUUCCACUCACCCACGUCUCUCCCUUUCGAAUAAUCCCUAUCAGUGCACCGUUUGUCUGUCCGAGUACAACAGCCUCCAUGGGCUCCUCACCCACUAUGGCAAAAAGCACCCUGGUAUGAAAGUCAAAGCGGCAGACUUUGCGCAGGAGGCGGACAUUAACCCCAGCUCUGUGUAUAAGUGUCGUCACUGUCCCUAUGUGAACUCCCGCAUCCAUGGCGUCCUCACCCACUACCAGAAAAGACACCCAUUGGUGAAAGUCACGGCAGAGGACUUUGCGAACGACAUUGAGCAAAUUGCAGACUUAAAUGAGACAGAGGACAAGAACAAGACUCAAAGGCAGGGCUAUGGUGCGUACAGGUGUAAAAUGUGUUCAUAUACGCAUGGGACACUGGAAAAACUCAAAAUCCACUAUGAGAAGUACCACAAUCAAUCAGCUACAGAGAUUUUCUCUCCCGGUUUAACAAAUUUUUCCAUCAGCCAUGACACAGAGCCGGUACCGGAAUGCAGCGCUAGUCAUCCAUCAAGUGCAGGGAAACUCCAGGAGGUUAGUGAUGUGGAAUUCACCCUCUCACAGUUACCCAUCAGUAAGCCUGAGAAGCAUGCCGUGUUCAAGUGUCAGCUCUGCAAAUACUUCUGUUCCACACGCAAAGGCAUCGCUCGCCACUAUCGUAUAAAGCACAACAAUGUCCGUGCUCAGCCAGAGGGUAAAAACAAUGUGUUUAAAUGUGCGCUGUGUUCGUACACCAAUCCCAUUCGCAAGGGCUUGGCAGCACACUACCAGAAACGCCAUGAUAUUGAUGCCUACUAUACCCACUGUCUAGCUGCUUCUAAGACAAUGACUGAGAAACCCAACAAAGUCAUUUUACCGGCACCCUCUGAACAAGAGAAUUCAGAGAUGAGUGAAGAAGUGCGCUUGGCCGUAGAGAGGCGAAAGUGUUCUCUUUGUUCCUUCCAGGCGUUCAGCAGGAAAAGCAUUGUGUCGCACUAUAUUAAACGCCACCCAGGUGUCUUCCCCAAGAAGCAGCAUGCGAGCAAGCUCAGUCGCUACUUUACUGUCAUCUAUGCCAAAGAACCUGAGAAAAAUGAUGAGAGUCCUAUAGAAGAGGAUGACAACGAGGCGCUGGAGGACACCCCUGAACCAGAGCAGGACGGUGACUGGUUGCCGUUUAAGUGUCUCAAAUGUUUCCGAUUGUCCUUCAGCACCGGCCUCCUGCUAUCUAUGCACUACAAUGACCACCACAGGGCGGACUUCAAGAGAGACUUUGAGGUCUCGCCAGACCCUGAGGAUGACAAUGCUUCAGAGUCAUUCCAGUGUUCCCAUUGUGACCUGAAGUUCCUGUCCCUCCCUGCGCUUGCCACGCAUCUGCUCAACCACAAUGAGGAGUUUGAGAAGAGGGCCACAAGGCACGAGAGGAGGAGACAGCUUCUCAGCAAACACAAAGCAGCAGAAAUAUCCGAAAGAAAAUCUGACAAGGCAAGCUGCACAAACAAAGCUCCUAUUGGCUUCAGGUGUAACUUUUGUGUGGAGGUACACACUACUAUCCGUGCCAUCUGCAAUCACUUGAGGAAGCACGUCCAGUAUGGUGAGGUCAAAGAGGGGCAUGUCAAGCAGGAAGUCAGUGAGGUGGCCCUCAGCAUGCCAUCAGAGAGACUCGUUAACGGUGAUGUGAAGAAUGAUGAAGCAGGAAACAAGAGACCUGAAAAUGCUACAAAGGGCUUCGCCUCGCUUCCUGGAGCUUCUUCCACCGUUUCCACAGAGAGUCUGGAACCAGAGCUGGAUGCUACCGAAGGGAGGUCCUUGACGUUGAAGCAAAGGCUGGCAACAGGAGGCCACCCGUGUGCCCAGUGCGACCGGGUCUUCAUGUCCAUGCAGGGCCUCCGCUCCCACGAGCGGAGUCACUCAGCCAUGGCCAUGAUCAUUAGGGAGGACAAGUAUAGCUGUCAGUACUGCCAUUUUGUCUCACCCUUCAGACACAAUCUGGACAGACAUAUGCAGUCUCACCACGGCCACCACAAACCUUUCAAGUGCAAAUUCUGUCCCUUUAAGUCUGCCUACGUGAGCCGCUUGAAGAGCCACCUGCACAAGGCACACACCGGCGAGCAGCACACCUACAAGUGUUUGUCCUGCCCCUUUUCCUCCAUGACCAUCAGCCAACUAAAGGAACAUUCGUUGCGAGACCAUGGCGAGGCCCUCACCCUACCCAAACUGCGAGCUGCCACGCAGGCCGCUCACACUGCCCUCAGGACCCCCAACCGACUGAGCACUAACGUGGAGCACAGCCCCUUGACUCCAGAAGACACGUCAUACUGGGAGCCAGCUGACGUCCUCGAGCAGCUCAGCCAUUAUCAGAUCGCCUCUCGCAGUCACGUGUCUCCUGGUGACCACCGGCCCGAUAGCAUCCUCACCUGCGAAUUCUGCGAGUUCUGCUCAGGCUACAUGCAGAGCCUGCGGCGACACUACCGGGACCGCCAUGGUGGCAAGAAGCUAUUUAAGUGCAAGGACUGCGCCUUCUUCACCUGCUACAAGAAUACGUUCACCUUGCACGUGGAGGCAGGCCACAACAACAACAAUGUGCCAGAGGACAUCCAGAAAGACCUUCGCUGCCCUCUCUGUCUCUACCACACCAAAUACAAGAGCAGUAUGAUUGACCACAUUGUACUGCACAGAGAGGAGCGCGUGGGUCCGCUCGAGGUGAAUCGCUCCAAGCUGUCGCGUCACCUCCGGGGCGUGGUGUUCCGCUGCCACAAGUGCACGUUCACAUGCUCCAAUGAUGACGCACUGCAGCUGCACCUGCAGAAGCAUACUGAGCUCAAACCCUACAGCUGCCAGCUGUGCUACUAUGACAGCAGCCGUCGCAGCCAGCUGGAGGAGCACCUUCGCCUCGAGCACAAGGUCAUCCGGAACUUUGAGCUGAUGGGCCGCGUCAACUUGGACCAGCUGGAGAUGAAGGAAAACAGCAGCAGUGACGAGGAGCAGCAUGAGCAGCAGCAGCAAGAGGAUGAUGAUGAAAAGGAACAAGGUGACCUGAUAGAAAUGGCAGGAGACGAAAGCAUGGCUCUGGUGGAGGACAACGAAGGCAUGGAGGUGACGGACCAUCAACAGCUAAAGGAAGGAGUCGUGGAGGAUAACGACAGGGCUGGCAGCAUCAAAGAGGAAGAGGAAUUCAAAGAGGUGGAAGAAGAGAGGCCAACACCACAAGAAGUCCUUGCAUCUCCAACGAGCAGCAGCAGCAGUACUAGUAGCAGCUCUGGAGAGAAGCGCCUUCCUUGCGAGUUCUGUGGGCGCUGCUUCACUAACAAUUUUGAUUGGGAACGUCAUGUCCUUCGCCAUGGCAUGAUGGUGAAUAACAGUCAGCUGGACACCAGCACAAACUCCAACAUGGAGGCCUCUGUCCCAUCCUCUCUCUCUUCCACUUCCAUCGACAACGGACUGGAACUUACUGGCAAUCAGGAGGAUGAUCAGAACAUUUUGGCUCUUUCACCGAGUCAGAGUGCAGACGAGAGGGAGACGGUCAACACCCAAAAGGAUCAAUAGUCGGGUUGACUCAAUUGGAACUUUUUAAGGUUACAAUAAAAUAGGACGUUCAAUCCACUGCCCCAAAAAAGAUAGAAGUGGAAGCAUUUUGAGUUGGCACAUCAUUAGAUUGUGGGUGUGGUUUAUAUGUAUAUAUACAUGUGUAUAUAUAUGUAUACAUGUACAGAUGUGUGUGUGUAAAGAAAAACAUGAAAAAAGCUGGCGGUCCCCUCGGACAGAUUUUAAUAUAUUGGUAACCAAUAGUGAAGUGAACUUUAUUGCUGACAUUCUGGUCAAAAAAUACAGUGAAAAAAGCCACCUAUCUAUAUAAAAAUCAUUUAUAGACUAUGUCACCCCAAAAUGAUGAUCCAAAAUGAACGUAUUUGAAGCACCUUUGAUAACAUGGUGUAAAACAAAAAAGUAAACAAUGGAGAGAGCUGCCUUCUUCCCAUUAUAGCCAUGUGUUGAAACGUAGUAAGGCUUGCACCUUAUCUAUUUUACAAAAAAAUUCUUAUUGGUAGAAACAAUUGACCUCCCCAUUUUUUGUAGCAAAUUGCUAUCUUUAGAUCCCUUAUAUAAUUAUUAUACUACGUAUAUAAGCCUUCAGCCCUUAAGUGUUUGGACUGUACUGUUUCUAAUGAUCUAAUGAAUAUAAUGACAUCAGUAAUUUCACCAAUGUUUUUGUUCCAGCCUAGGUUACCAAUAUCACAGUUUCUUGAUGGAUGUACACAAUGAUGACAUAUUGACAUUUCAUUCACACAGCUAUAUGGUUACGAUUAUGAUUAAACUGACAAGAGUAGGGUUUCUAGCUGGACUACAGCCAAAGGUUGCACUUGUCUUUUUGGGUAACGAAUGGAUUGCCAAAAAACAACAUAGAGUGGACUACCUGACUGCAAUCAUUAGAGCCACUGUUGGGUCGCUCAACUAGUUUGCUGUCUGAAUAAAACAACAUGAUGUAAUUGAUUGCUCAUCUUAUCUUCAUCAGUAUCAAGAAAAGAAAUUCAGUUUCCACAAGAUUGUGUGAACAAAAACACAGUCAAAAGUCUUGUCAGCCUCCACUACUGCAGCAUUUUUGAAAACGGAUCUUAAAUUUUAUUUUCGAAAACGCUAAAGACGUUCAGGAAAACUGCAUAAGCAAAGCAGAAACCAUCCAAAAAAAAUGCUAAAAACAUUUUUCCAGCAUACACAUACUACACUGCAUCCAAUCUUCCUGCACUUUUACGACUGUAAAAUUGGUUAAUUGGACAUUGAAAAAAUACACAUCAAGUUGGACGCUAAUAAAGUAGAGAUACAAAGGACAUCUUGUCAGUCACCUAAUUUUUAUUGAUUCUAAUUUAUCCAUCUCCAGCCAAUGGUCCUCUGUUACAACAAAGUUUAAUUGUUACUUAUCCAGAAAGUGCCAUUGUCCAUCACUAAAAUUUGCAUCUACUGAACUUGUCUUUUCCAUCCUUUAUUAAGACAAGGCAAAUGUUACAGAAAUUAUGAAUGCCGAAACAGUUAUGAUCUCACUUUACUCACAUGUGGGAAACAUUGCCUUGUUAAUACUUGCAGGACGUUUGGAUUAAGCCUAGCAGGUGGAUACAUGGGUUAAUUGUUUUUUUUUUUUUUUAUUUAAAUGUUCUAACUUAAAGCGUCUCUGACAAAAAUAAUGAUUAAUUUUCAGAGAAUUCAAGGGAACUUGGAUAAUUUCCCCUAAUCUAUAAUGGCAUGCUUGGUUGGGAAUGACUGUUUUACAUGCUAUCGAAGUAAUAAUAUUGUAAUUACAGUUUAAAAAAAAAAUUAUGAUAAAACACUUGUGGGCCUCUUCAUUCAUAACCUCGAAGUGGGAAUAUUGUAAACAAAGAACCUGUGUCCUAUUAUUAUAUAUAACUGAAAGACAAGUGCAACCCUGACAAAAAAACGUUUUUUCAUAUAAUUUCAUUUGAAUGAUUGUCACCCCCCUAAUACGAGUGAUUGUCAUCUGCGUGAUUCUUUAGGAAAUAGGGUUGUUAAAAAAAAGCAUAGAUUGUAUUUGUUGAAAGUUGCUGCUCGAAUGCCCGAAAGCCUUAUUGUGAGGAAAUCAAAUAUAGCAAUCAGACAUCUGUCAAAUUCCAAAACGAGUGACAUGGUUAAAAUAAAAAUGAGCGCGUUUGGUAAGUUUUAUCAUGCGUCAACCAAUUAGUCGUCAAGCCUGCUGUAUUGCGCUGCUGUUGUCUUUCUGUUAGCAGACAAAAGGGAAAUCUGCGCUUAUGAUGUCAAAACUCUAGUUAGCAUCUGUGUACUGAAAACAAAAGUAUUUGUCACGUGUUUGAACUGUGGUAGUUUGGAAAGGAUACACUAGCACCCUGGCCCUUUUUUUUUUUUUUUUUAACUUUGCAAUUUGCUUGACGCUUGAAAAAAAUAAAUGUAGCUGUUGACUCA